AUGGAGGGCAUCGCGCGCCGAUCGAGCGCGCCGCGACCGCGCUCGAUCGCGACCGCGCCGACGCGUCGCGCGACGACGACGACGCGCGGCGCGCCGAACGACGACGCGGGCGACGCGCGGUACGCGAUCGCGCGAUCGGUGGUGCUGAACGCGCGAUCGCUGACGGAAACGAAGGCGACGACGAGCGAGCCGAGGACGAGGCCGAGGACGAGCGGGACGAGCGGGCGCGGAGACGCGAGCGGGCGCGAGAGAGGGCGAGGGUUGGCGUGCGAUCGAAGCGUGGGCGAUCGCGUGCGAGCGAACGGAGGGGCGAAUGUGAAGCACGUGCAUCCGCUGCCGCUGUCGGUGACGCACGACGAUGCGUUCGCGGAGAGGUUGGGGAAGUUGAGAGCGCGCGCGAGCGACGCGGAGGACGUGUACGACGCGCUGCGGAGACGGAAAGAGGAAGGAUCGCGACCGGGGGCGAGGACGGAUGAGUUGAAGAUUGGACUCGUGGUCGAGGGGGGGGGGAUGCGAGGGGUGAUCAGCGCCGGCGCGGCCGGGGCGUUGUUAGAGGCGGGGUAUUACGACUGCUUCGACGCCGCGUACGGGUCGAGCGCGGGGGCGAUGAAUUUGACGUAUUACCUCUCAAAGCAGCCGGAAGGGAUUUUUGCGUACGAGGAAGAUUUAUGCGACGGUUCGUUCUUAGAUUUAAAGCGCCACGUCUCGAGGCGGAUGACGGUGAUUAAGGAGGCGCACAUCGAUUUGGUGCGCCCCUUCGUGCGCUUUGGGCGUCGCUCUCGAAACGCCCUCGCGGCGAGAAAUGGCGCGAGCACAAUCGAGACGGCGACCAUGGCGGACGUCGGCACUUUAGCAGAAACGCUGAGCGACGACGAUGGGGAUUCAAAGUUUGCCGUGGAUCCGGCGAUGAAUGUGAAUUACUUGCUCGAAACCGUCAUGGGCGGCGAAACCGGACGUCCGUUGCGAUGGAAGGACGUCAUCACCUCCUCCGUACCGCUCAAAGUCGUCGCCACGUCGCUCGACACACUGACAACCGUUAUUUUGGAUGACUUCAAGGAUGAAGCCGAUCUAAAAAAGUCGUUGCUCGCGAGCGCGCGCGUGCCGGCCCUCGCGGGUAGCUCCCCGGUGACUCACAGAGGUCAUCGACUGGUAGACGCCGCCGUGCUCGAGCCCGUGCCCGUGCACGCGGCGGCGCACGACGGAUGCACGCACAUCCUGGUUUUACUCACCGCCCCGCACAAAGUGGACACCGAAGCGGACGUGACGAACACGGAGAAGCGCGAGAACAGACGAUUUCUCGGGCAGAUUCGCGAACGCCUGUCUCGCGUGCGGCAAUCCAAGGCGCGAGACGUCGUCGCGGCGGCGGCGAGCGACACCAACGACAGCGAUCUGAACAAAUCCAUCGACGACCUCGAGGCGAAACCAAAACCGGCGCAAUCGGCGCUGUAUCGGGCCAUACGCAACUUGCUCUUUGCGCCGUCGUACAUGGGCGCGGUGUGGGACCUCCACGAUUCCUACGCCGCCACCCUCGACGCCCGCCACGGCUGGCGCGCGCGCGACGUCUUCAUCCCCUCCACAGCUCCGAGCGCAUUUCAUCCCAUCAAGAUCGCCACCAUCGCUCCAUCCGGUCCGGCAUCCAAAGCCAUGUCCAGUCUGUGCGUCGACGCCGACCUCAUCGCCGCCGCGCGUCGCGAGGGCGCCGCCGCGUGUUUCCGCGCCCUCGGCGUCGCCUUCGACGACACCGCUUCGCAGCCCAACGUCCCGAGCGCCGAGCGUUCGCGUUAA